ACACUGUUUGCAUUUCAAAGUGUACCCUAAUCUAACCUAACAAGUUGAGUAUUUACUGCACAAAUAGCAACAUAUGAUUGGACUGACAGUUUUGCAUAAACAUAUGCAUCUAUUUCUUUUUUCCCUCAACUGAACCGGACAAAGGAAAGACGACAACUCGGAAAUAUGAAGGACAUAUUGUUGGCUCUUUUCACGCGAGUGAUGUUUGGUGCCCAUGCACUUAUUGCAAUUUGGCGAGCUUACACCGAGUACAAUGAAGUAACCAUGUGGCUUUUAUUGGUACCAGUUGGUGCGUUAAUCCUGGAAACACUUUUUACAGUGGGUGCUAGAGGUGGCGAAGAAUACAAAUGGGUUAGUCCAUGCGUAAUUCUUUAUCUUGCGAGUGUAUUGCCGUCAGUCUGGUUUCUGGAAAUGAAGAAUUUUGACAGAAGACAAUUCAGGCAUAUUUGUAAUGAUCUGCACUGGGGUUUAACGAGCCUACCGGGUUGUCUCAAAGUAUUCCGUUAUGCAGAGGUUGAUGAUGUAAACUAUGUCUUAAGCAAUGUCACGUUAAGAAAAGCGGCAUGCGAGAUUGAGUAUUCAAAAAAGCAAACGGCACAAGAAAAUUUAACAAUUGUGACAACGACCAUGCUGGCAGAAGUUACGACAAAAGAAGCACUUGAAGGCGCUGUUGGAAAUGUCGUUCAAACACUAGACGAAGCCAAAAAAGUUGUAGACAGUUUGCUGGAAAACAUAAACUUUUUCAAUGAACAAACAUGGAUUUUAGUUCUUCAUCAACUUUUGCUGUUCUUUUUAAUUGUCGGUCGAUGGCUUCUUCCAACUGGGGAAGGAAUAUCUAAAGAUCAGCUCUCUCAACUACUACUUGUAUUCAUUGGUGUGGGAGCUGAUAUAUUGGAGUUUGUAACAGAAACAAUAAAGGAAAUUGAAGUUCGAUGUGACCGUACGUUGUUGAUUGUAAUUAUGGCUUUCUGGUCUUGGAGUACAUUGCAGUUUUCACUCGUGCUAACAGCUACCAAGGCACGCCGUACAAGAGCAGUUGGAAUAUAUGAAGGAGAAGAUGAAAAUGAUUCACCCGUUGUUGUCGUGGAAGAAGCAGACAGACCAAGUGCUUGUGUGGCGUUUUUAAAGAACAUGGAAGUAUGGGGAAUUUUUUCAACGCUCAUACUUCAGGACGGACCGUUUUUAGGAACCCGACUUUACAUAAUGGUCGGCAGAGGAGUCGUGCAUCAAAUGAUUGUAUUUUUCACUACAAAAAACGCCUUAGUUGUUAUUCUACAGCUGUACCGACUCUCUAUCAUCGCUUUCCACAAACCCAAAGAGGAAGAGGAAGAUGAAGACGAUCUUAACGUCACGGCACUCGGUGCUCUCCAGGGUGCAAUGUUGGGAGGAUUGAAAUCUGGAGGAAUAGACGCAAACGGUGCUAAUUUGUUUGGUGCAUCUUCGGAAUUGGAAGAAAAAACCUUCGCUCCUACCGAAGUUUAUGAAGUGAAAGAAACUACGACGCCAACUGAUGACAAAGAAGAAGAAAUUCAACUUAAUGGAGUAAACGAAAACAAUAGUAAUAUUCAUCGCGGUAUUGCCUUCGUCAAACUACCGGAUGUGAAAUACAAUUGACUUUGCCUAAAUAACUCAAUUGAAAUUUACCUCUACAAUAAUAAUCAGAGGCAAAAUUUCUUUAUUUUCUUGAAGCAUGCAGCUAAGCAUUUUUAUACGUAUAAUUCAAGAUUUAAAUUUGCGGAUAAAAAGACUACGAUGUAGGCUAAACCAUCAAGUAUCAAAAACUGCGAAUCAGGUCGUUUCCGCAAAACCUCAAUUUAUCACAUAUACGACAAUAUUCCAUAUUGAUUUGUGCGAUCGAAAAAGGGAACAGUGUUAUUUAAUUUGAAGAAAAAACACGUGACAUAGAAUUGUUGGAUAUUACAGAUAAAUAUACCCUAAUUUUACAAUAUAUUUUAUGUGCUUACAUACCUAGUUCUCGAUUACAAUUUCAAGUCAUAUAUAUUUUUUAUAGUUGUACUGAAGUGGAAAAUGAAGUAAACAGGUACCGUAAGCAUGUUAUGGGAUAUCCGUGCUUUUGACGUCAUAUGCUCUUUUGUAUGACGUCAAAAUCUAUCAAAUUAGUAAAAAGUUUAACUUUGACAGGAAAAUUUAAACAUAUGUUGAAAUAUCAAGGGAUUUAGAUCAAGUUUGACAAAAUAGUUCGAUCGUAGGAUAUUGUCUAAAAUACUUUAUAAAUCAUCUCAUUGAUUCAGUUACUAUUUUUUUUAAGUAACACAAAUAGAAAUAUAUAAAUAGGCAUUGAGCCAUUUUUUGUUGACUUUUCAAAUAUAAAAUGUUUAAUAUUUCAUUCCAUGAAAUUUCUCCCACCCAUUUAGAAAGUUCCGGUGUUUCGGUUGUAACAAUAAACCGAAGUUCCCACAACGGCUAUUUUAUACCAUUUAAAUCAAAAUAUUCUACUGUUAAAAUAUUUAUGCUAAAGUAAUACACACGUUAACCAGUUUACUGGUAUGGCCGAGUAUUAUGCAAUAGUUCUGCACAGUGAGUUUGGGCCAAGCAAGAUAGGCUACAUACACAACGCAUACAAAUCAGAAACUACCUGAUAUAGGAAAUAAUUGCUAUUUUUAAUUUAUUCUCAAUUAUAUAUAAUCAAUGUUAUGAAUGUUAGGGAGGAUUGCAACAUCUUUACAGUGCUCGUCAUAGUCUUAUAUGGAGAUCCCCUUUUCUAUUGAACUGUAUCGUGCUUUUAACCUGUACUGUAUGUACAGAAAAUUUCUAAUGUUUAUUUUUUCACCCUUGAUUUUUGGCGCAGUAUUAGGUAUUAUGGUCUUAAUAUGUUAAACAGAUGACGCGAAUUUGUGUUUUAUAUUUAUUGUUUUUGAGAUGUAAAAUAAAGUACAUUUUUCUUUUUA